AUGGCUGCAAACAAGGAGAUCCCUUUUGGAGGCGCCUCAGCUUUCCGUGCAUCUAAUGGCAAUGGUAUUAUCCACAAGCUUAGAUUUGCCUGGAUGAAGGAGUGGAUCUUCAGACUGGCUGGCUUCCUCUUCAGCGUCUUAUCUUCAGGAUGUGGAAUAAUCGUUGCAAGCAGCAAAUACUGGCGCCUCUGGGAAUUCGACAAUGAGAAAGUUCGGCUUGUGUACAUCGGACUCUGGGAAGCUUAUUACUAUCAGGAAUUUAACAUCUCCAACACUGUGACCAGAAUUCUGGUGCACACCCCUAUUAACUCAGAUUGGACCAUGUCAGCUGAAUUUCGAUGUGCCCAGAUUCUGAUAUUUCUGGCAAUGCUGAUAAAACCUCUUGUUGUGAUUCUUAACGCAAUAGCCAUUAGGAUCAGCAGUAGCAAAGACCCAGUCCCUAAGAGUCCAAUACUGUUCUACAAGUGCUCAAUCUUCUUUCUGGUUCUCAGCAGCCUCUGCACCAUUAUUUCAGUGACCUUGAACCACAUAGUAGAUCUCUAUGGCAAAACCACCCUUGACUUUCCACACACCUUCCCAGUUAACAAAGUAGACCUGAUAAAGAAACACAGAACCCUCAUGGUCCCAUUAGGAUUCCUGACAGCCACCUUGUCACUGCUCGGUGUGAUUAUGCUUCUUUUUGAGAUCAGGUCAUUGAAAGCACGGUAUAACGUGAAUGCCAAUCCUCCUUCCAAACCGGUCGACCAAGGGCCCGAAAUAAGAGUAUUGGUGUUCGCAAGUUGUGGCAGGAGACUCAAUGGCUAA